AUGGAUGGUAACGGGACCCUUUUUGGAACACUGAGUGUAAAUACUAGAGAGGUUCUUCACAAAUUCACUGUGGACCUUCCUAAGAAACACGGGAGGAGAAGGCAGUUUGCCUUGCGUUUUGCUCGUCUCCGUAUGGAAAAACGACAUAACUACGUUAGAAAGACAGCCGAGCUUGCCACCCAAUUUUUCAUUAAUCCCCAGACAAGUCAGCCUAAUGUGGCUGGGCUAAUACUUGCUGGCUCGGCUGACUUCAAGACUGAGCUGAGUCAGUCAUACAUGUUUGAUCCUCGUCUCCAGGCCAAAAUUUUGAAUGUUGUGGACGUCUCUUAUGGUGGGGAAAAUGGAUUCAAUCAGGCCAUUGAGCUUUCUGCUGAAAUCCUCUCCAACGUGAAAUUCAUACAAAAAAAACUUCUUAUUGGCAAAUACUUUGAGGAAAUUAGUCAGGACACGGGGAAAUAUGUUUUCGGAGUGGAGGACACUUUGAAGGUUCUGGAAAUGGGUGCUAUCGAGACACUCAUUGUUUGGGAGAAUCUUGAUAUCACUAGAUACUUCCUGAAGAAUACUGUAUCCGGUGAAGUCACCAUUAAGCACUUCAACAAGGAGCAGGAGUCGGACCAGAAGAACUUCCGGGACCCAGAGACAAAUGUCGAGCUGGAAGUUCAGGAGAAGUUGUCUCUGCUUGAGUGGUUUGCCAAUGAGUACAGAAGGUUCGGAUGCACACUCGAGUUUGUGACGAAUAAGUCCCAGGAGGGGUCUCAGUUCUGCAGGGGUUUUGGGGGUAUAUGUGGGAUCCUCCGCUACCAGUUGGAUGUUCGGGAUUUUGACGAGGUUUCUGAUGAUAGGGGAGUCUAUGAAGAUUCAGAUUAG